AUGAACAUCACGAUCGCCUACACAAUCGGAGUGUAUAUGUCCUCCUUUUACAGCCUGGGCCAGCUCACAACAGCUUUCGCUUGGGGCACACUGAGCGACAUGUAUGGCCGGAAGCGCUUCAUUUUGAUGAGCAACAUUGUGAGCACUCUCAGCAUGCUCUGGUUUGGUCUGGCUCCCUCCUACACCAGCGCCGCUGCAGCCCGUCUUGUGGGAGGGCUCUUCAACUGCUCGUUCACGAACGUGCGGUCCAUGAUUGGGGAGUCUACUGAUUUCACAUCACAAGCUGUGGCUUUUGGCUACCUGGGUUUGGCCUUUGGAGUUGGAACUGUGCUGGGGCCACUGGUGGGCGGAGCAUUGUCAAUGCCCUGUGAGAAUGUUGGGCCUGGGUUUCCACUGUGCGGCGAAGGCCACCUGAACGCCAUCAGGCCGUUUUUUCUACCCUGCCUGGUGACCGCGCUGGUGUCAGCGGUGGCUGUGGCCUCCAACGUGUUCCUGAUGAGCGAGACACUACCGCGCAUCGUGGAGGCGCGCCGAGCCAAGCAGCUGGAGCAGGAGGGCGAGGCGAUUGUCCCCCUCCUCAUCGACGACCUCACCCCGGGACAGACUGUACCUGACAUAGAAGGGGGAGUCCCACCUCCACUGGAGGAGCCGGUCAGCAUUGCAGACGAGAGCGCACCGCACGGCAGCAUCCCCAUCGGCAGAAGCCCUGCAAAUGCAGACCGCCUUCCCAGGAGCUUCCGCCCCAAGCACAUCGCAACUUCAAGCCCCGACGAUGUGCCGUUUCUGCAACUGGGCACGCCCUUCUUGAUGACCAGCACGGUGUCCGCCAACGUGGCGGAUGACAUGGCGGAGUUUGAGGCGGACAACCCGGGCCGCUGGACUGAGGAGCGCUUCAGAAGCAGCUCCUCCGGCUUCUUCCGCAGGGUGACCAUGGAUGCGGCGGUGUCGUCGCUGGCGGCCGCAGAUGUGGGCGCUGACGUUCUGGAGGAUUUCGAGGCGCGCGGCGGCGGCGGCCGGCACGUGCAUGCGCCCGCGCAGCCGCCGCGCCGCGUGGCGCCCACUCAUGUGUCCCUGCUGUCGCGCGCCAUCCCUCGCAGCGUGUUCGCCGACAGCGAGGAGGGAGGUGCUUCUUCGCCGAAUGGGGCCCAGCACCCGGAGCUGGAGGGUAUUGCGGAGGAACAGGCGCCCAAGCCUGCAGAUGUGGAUGCAGCAGAGAAUGGGCAGGGCAGCAAGCCCGCAGAUGAGGACCCUGAGAAGGCAUGGUAUAAGGACCCUCUGGUGCUGCUCUCGUGCUGUGGGUACAUGAUGAUCUGCUUCAUGUUCAACAUGCUCGAUGAGCUGUUCCCAAUCUUCGCAGCAGCCCCCAUCGCAACCGGAGGGCUGAGCUUCUCGUCGUCGGAUCUGAGCCUGCCGCUGAGUGUUUCCGGAGCGGCGCUGAUGGUAUGGAGUCUCUUCAUCUUCCCGACCGUACAGACGGCGCUUGGGGCCUGGAUGUGCGCGGUUACGGGCCUGGCCGUCACGGUGCUGCUGUCUGUGGCGCUCGGUUGCACCUCCUUUUUGGCCGCGGCCGGCCUCUCCCACACCGCCGUGCUGACCGCGCUACUGGCGGUCAUGGUCCUGAAAGUCUGCGCGCAGCAGAUGUGCUUCCCCACCUCCAUGGCAAUUGUGAACCGCUUUGCGCCGGCGGCCUAUCGCGGGGCGGUCAACGGCACAGCGCAGUCAAUGGCUUCGGCUGUCAGGGCGCUGGGCCCUUUCCUGGGGGGCGUGAUGUGGGCAGUGUUCUCUGGGCUGGAUGUUCCAGGGCACCAGCUGUUCCCCUUUGUCAUUAUCAGCGUCACGUCAGCGGCAACUGUACUGUUGUACCAGUUCCUGCCCCGCAUCUGA